AUGGAUCACAGAAACAAUCCCAAGGACUCGCUCUCCUAUUCCAAUCUCUUCAAUCUCGAGCCUUUGAUGAACUUUCAACUUCCACAACGGGAUAAUGAUUUUGGUUAUUACGGGAAUAGUAGUCAGGACGAUGAGAGCAGAGAUAGCCGAGGUGGUGGGGCAAUGGCAAGUCACAGUAAUGGGAAUGUGAAUGCGAAUGGAAGGGAGGUAAAUUUGUUGAAGAGAGCAUGGUCUCAAAACAGUGACGAGGAGGAAAGGAGUCGGUUUUAUGGAACGUGUAUCACAGAGGAGCGAUAUAGAUCGAUGCUUGGAGAGCAUGUCCAAAAAUACAAGAGGAGGUUCAAGGACACCUCAUCUACUCAUGCCCAAAAUCAGGUUGCUGUUCCACCUGUUCAAAGUAGCAGUGCCUCAAAAGCUCGAAAGUCUGGGAAUGAUCACUAUGGAGGACUGCAUGCUGCAGAGAUUGCAUCUGAAUGGCUAUAUGAUUCCAAUUCUCAGAAACCAGGAAACUACCAUGAUGCUAAUUUCCUGCAGCGAUAUGCCUCUGAUAGGACUAUGUAUGAACCUGCUUCUUUGGACAUUACUGAUGGUAUCUCUUAUAAGAUCCCUCCAAAAUAUGAUAAGCUAGCUUCAAUGCUGAACCUGCCAAACUUCUCAGAUAUCCAUGUAGAUGAAUUUUACUUAAAGGGUACCUUGGAUUUGGGGUCCUUGGCUGCAAUGAUGGCUACUGAUAAAAGGUUCAUGACUACAAACCGAGGAGGCAUGGGGGAGCCUAUGUCCCAAUAUGACUCACUUCAGGCACGCUUGAAGGCCAUGUCCGCUUCUAAUUCACCUCAUAAGUUCAGUCUGAAAGUGUCCAAUGUCGGUUUAAAUUCCUUCAUCCCAGAGGGGGCAGCUGGAAACAUAAAGCGAUCUAUUUUGUCUGAGGGUGGUGUAUUGCAGGUUUAUUAUGUUAAGGUUUUGGAAAAAGGUGAUACUUAUGAGAUCAUUGAGCGAAGCCUACCUAAGAAGCAAAAGGUGAAAAAAGAUCCUGCUUUGAUUGAGAAGGAGGAAAGGGAUAGAAUUGGUAAGAUUUGGGUAAACAUUGUCAGAAGAGACGUUCCAAAACAUCAUAGGAAUUUCACAAUUUUUCAUCGAAAGCAACUGAUGGAUGCCAAGAGGUUCUCAGAGAAUUGUCAAAGAGAGGUUAGAAUGAAAGUUAGUAGAUCACUUAGAUGGACUCGGGGUGCCAGCAUUCGCACCCGCAAACUAGCUAGAGACAUGUUGUUUUUCUGGAAACGAGCUGAUAAGGAGAUGAUUGAAUUGAGAAAAAGAGAGGAAAAAGAAGCUGCUGAAGCAUUGAGGCGUGAACAGGAGCUUCGAGAAGCUAAGAGGCAACAGCAAAGGCUUAAUUUUCUCAUACAACAAACUGAGCUCUACAGUCACUUCAUGCAGAACAAAUCAAGCUUAUUAUCUUCAGAGGCUUUACCAAUGGAAGAUGAAAAAGCAGAUGAUCAAGAUGCACUUUUUGACUCUUCAGAUGCUGGCCCAAUUGAGGAUGAUCCUGAAGAGGCUGAAUUGAAGAAGGAAGCUUUGAAGGCUGCUCAAGAAGCAGUCUCCAAACAAAGAAAGUUGACAAGUGCUUUCGACAGUGAGUGCCUGAGGCUGCGCCAGGCUGGUGAAGCUGAUCCACUUUCACAGGAGGUAGCAGGAGCGAGUGACAUUGAUUUGCAAACUCCCUCAACUAUGCCUGUGGCAUCUACAGUUCAGACACCAGAAUUAUUUAAAGGUUGUCUAAAAGAAUAUCAGCUAAAAGGUCUUCAGUGGCUUGUUAAUUGUUAUGAGCAGGGUUUAAAUGGCAUACUUGCUGAUGAGAUGGGACUUGGAAAGACAAUUCAGGCUAUGGUAUUUUUGGCCCAUUUAGCUGAGGAGAAAAAUAUAUGGGGGCCUUUUCUGGUUGUUGCACCUGCAUCUGUUUUAAACAAUUGGAAUGAGGAACUUGAGCGCUUUUGCCCUGAACUCAAGAGACUUCCUUAUUGGGGAGGUGUUGCCGAGCGAUCAGUGCUUAGGAAAAGUAUUAACCCAAAGGAUCUAUAUCGUAGGGACGCUAAAUUCCACAUUGUCAUCACUAGCUAUCAGCUGUUAGUACAAGACGAGAAGUUUUUUCGCCGUGUGAAAUGGCAGUACAUGGUUUUAGAUGAGGCUCAAGCAAUAAAAAAUUCAACCAGCAUAAGAUGGAAGACACUCCUUAGCUUUAAUUGUCGGAAUCGCCUUCUUCUUACUGGCACACCUAUUCAGAAUAAUAUGGCAGAGCUGUGGGCUCUUCUGCACUUCAUUAUGCCAACUUUAUUUGAUAGCCAUGAGCAGUUUAAUGAGUGGUUUUCGAAAGGCAUUGAGAACCAUGCAGAACAUGGUGGCACCUUGAAUGAGCAUCAACUGAACAGAUUGCACUCAAUUCUGAAGCCUUUCAUGUUGCGGCGCGUUAAAAAGGAUGUAGUUUCUGAGCUGACUAAGAAAACUGAGGUUAUGGUGCAUUGCAAGCUGAGUUCUCGGCAGCAGGCUUUCUAUCAAGCAAUUAAGAACAAGAUAUCUCUUGCUGAACUUUUCGAUAGUAAUCGUGGGCAACUCAACGAGAAGAAAAUCCUGAAUCUAAUGAAUAUUGUUAUUCAACUAAGGAAGGUUUGCAACCAUCCAGAGUUGUUUGAAAGGAGUGAGGGUAGCACAUACUUCUAUUUUGCAGAGAUUCCAAAUUCCCUUCCACCUCCCCCAUUUGGGGAGUUGGAGGACAUAUACUAUCCUGGAGGUCACAACCCCAUAUCAUAUGAGAUGCCAAAACUUGUCUACCAAGAGAUUAUGCAAAGAUCUGAGACUUUCAGUGCGACUGUUGGUCAUGGUGUCUGCAGAGAAUCUUUUCAGAAACAUUUCAACAUUUUUACACCGGAAAAUAUUUAUCGCUCUAUGAUCUCAGAAGGUGUGGUUGUUAAUAGCGGAAACUUUGGUUUUACUCGUUUGGUGGAUUUGUCUCCACAAGAGGUGACAUUUCUGGCCAGUAGUUCUUUCUUGGAGAGACUAUUGUUUUCUAUGAUGAGAUGGGAACGUAAAUUCCUUGAUGAAUUUAUAGACUUUCUUAUGGAGACCACAGUAAGUGAUCCUGAAUGUAGUUACCUGGAAAAAGGAACAGUGAGAGCUGUUACUAGAAUGUUAUUAUUGCCAUCAAGAUCUGAGGCUCAGUUUCUUGAACGAAGGUUUGCAACUGGGCCCACCUGUGAUCCUUUUGAGGCUUUGGUCAUCUCCCAUCAGCAUAGACUUUUAUCCAAUGCAAGGCUUCUUCACGCAGCUUACACAUAUAUCCCACCGACUAGAGCUCCACCAAUUGCUGCUUAUUGCCCAGAUCGUAACUUCUCCUAUAAAAUGAUUGAAGAAUUGCAUGAUCCUUGGGUUAAGAGGUUGUUUGUAGGAUUUGCGCGUACAUCUGAAUCUACUGGUCCUAGAAAGCCUGUUUGUUCUCCUCAUCAUUUAAUUGAAGAGAUUGAUUCUGAACUACCUAUUUCACACCCUGCACUUAAGUUCACACAUGAAGUUUUUGGCUGUUCACCUCCGAUGCAUAAUUUUGACCCAGCAAAGUUGCUCACUGACUCUGGGAAGCUUCAAACACUUGAUAUACUAUUGAAACGCUUGCGAGCAGGAAAUCAUCGUGUUCUUUUGUUUGCUCAGAUGACUAAGAUGCUGAAUAUUUUGGAGGAUUAUAUGAACUAUAGAAAAUAUAAGUAUUUUCGACUUGACGGGUCAUCUACUAUUCAGGAUCGCAGAGACAUGGUCAAAGACUUCCAGGACAGGAGUGACGUAUUUGUGUUCUUACUGAGUACAAGAGCUGGUGGAUUAGGUAUCAACUUGACAGCUGCUGACACAGUCAUAUUUUAUGAAAGUGACUGGAAUCCAACGUUGGAUCUGCAGGCAAUGGAUAGAGCUCAUCGUUUGGGUCAGACAAAAGAUGUUACUGUUUACCGACUUAUAUGUAAAGAGACAGUUGAAGAGAAGAUACUUCUUAGAGCAAGUCAGAAAAGUACUGUGCAGAACCUUGUCAUGACUGGUGGUUCUGUUGGAGGUGAUCUUUUAGCUCCGGAGGAUGUCGUAUCUUUGCUUUUGGAUGAUGUCCAACUUGAACAGAAAUUAAAGGAAAUCCCUAUUCAGGUAAAGGAUAAGGAAAAGAAAAAGAAACCAACUAAGGGUAUACGUGUAAAUGAAGAUGGUGAUGCAUCUCUGGAGGAUCUAACAAACUCUACAGCCCAGGGUACUGCAGAUUUUGAUCUUCCGAUGGACCCAGAGGGAUCAAACGCCAGUAAUAAAAAGAGAAAAGCUGCUUCCAGACCAAGGAAUUCUCAAAAGCCAAGUGAAUCUGGCAUUAUGGCUAUAGAUUAUGAAUUGGAUGAUAACCACCUAACUACUGAACCAGUGGGCCACAAACCAAAGAGACCCAAAAGGAUGAAGAAUGUAAAUGAAAAGUUUGAAGAGUCUUUUACUUCAUCGGCUACCAUAUUCCCAGAGAAGACUUAACUUCCACCAGCAUAAGAUUUCUGUUCUUGAGGUUCUAAAGCAGAAGCAGGCUAAGACGCUUGCCAACCACGUAGUAAAUCCUCACAGUUGGGAAAAAAUAUCUAAAGGAGAAACAAGGGUUGUGACGUGUGUCUGUGAAGGCUUCUUGUUUCCAGCACUGAAAUUUGGGGUGGUUAAUUUGUGGUCAAUCAUCGCUGUCUUGGACCACCUUCCUCUCACAGUUCGUUUACCACUCUGUUCUGUGUUCUUUAAUUCCAUCUAUGCUUGACGUCGUAGGUUGCUGCCCCCUAGUCGUUCUGCCGACCUGCCACCACACCUUCGACACUGUCACUGUCGCCUUGAAUCCUGGAGUGAAAAUCAUCUCUUUGAGAAAUUAAUAGUAUGUUGCAAGGAUAAGGUGUGUACAUAUCUUCAAUCACUUAGUGUCGUAUGGUUCAUUGAGGUGUAUAUGAAAUAAGAAGGGCAUUCGAGAUUGAUGAUGACUAUGGGGUGAACAAUUGCUAUUUGGAAGCAAUAACAGAUGAAGUUUGAAGAUUAUUGGAGUGAGGGUGAGUGCAGCAGUUUUUUAACAGCUGUAGUUGCACUGUAGCAGCGACGAUGCAGGGAGUGAUGAAUAUGAUCUGGGAAUGUAGGGAUAUAAUCUUUUUCUGAUUUGGAGACUAGUCUACGGAGCGCACAAUUGGUAAUGGCAAUAUCUGCUAUAAAUAGCAACCCUUGAUCGAAUGUAAAAGAUUAUUCCGUAUUGAAUGCAAUUGAGGAAAUUCAGUAUUUGCUUCCCUUUCUUCUAUCAUAAAUUCAUAAUCAUCUUCAAUUACCUAGACAUGACAUCUUCAAGUGAAGGCAAUUUUGGACAUCUUACUGUAGCAUGCACUUAUGUUUUAAAGUAGUAGUAUUUAA